GCGACCGUGGCGAAUCAGCAACGUGGGAAAGGAGAUCCGGCCCCCGGGUGCUUGUCUCGAGCUCCCCUGCGACCGGAAAAAACACACACACGGGACCGCCGAAGAUGAACUCUGCGGCCCCGGAGCUUGGGAUCGAAGGAGGCAGAUGCAGUCAGCCUCCUGAAGCCCCCGA